AUGCUUUUCUUCAACCUACUUCUCUCGUCUGCAGCGAUUGUAGCUGCUCUUCCUACCCCAGAAACCUCUGAAGGAAACCAUUCGGUACCCUUUUCUCAGCCUGAUCUGACUCCUUGGAACGCCGGCGCUGUGAAUCAGUUUCCCAUCCAUUCAAGCUGCAAUGCAACUCAGCGUCGUCAGAUUGAGAUAGGUCUUAACGAGACUAUAACUCUUGCUCAACAUGCCAAGGACCAUAUCCUGAGAUGGAGAAACGAGAGUGAGAUAUACAGGAAGUAUUUCGGUGAUCGUCCCUCGAUGGAAGCCAUCGGUGCAUUCGAUGUCGUUGUCAAUGCCGACAGGAAAAACAUUUUGUUCCGAUGUGACAACCCUGAUGGGAAUUGCGAAAUUGAAGGUUACGCCGGACACUGGCGAGGCGAAAAUGCCACAGACGAGACAGUCAUCUGUGACCUGAGCUAUGAAACCCGUCGUCCCCUGUCAACUAUGUGCGGUCUUGGAUAUACAGUGUCAAAGUCUGAAACCAAUACUUUCUGGGCCACUGACCUCCUGCACCGCUUAUACCAUAUUCCUGUCAUCGGACAGAACUGGGUCGAGCAUUUCGCAGACGGAUAUGAAGAAGUUGUUGACCUGGCAAAGAAAAAUGCGACACUCUCAACUCAUGACUCGGAGACUCUUCAGUAUUUUGCACUCGAGGCAUAUGCCUACGAUAUUGCUGUGCCAGGCGUUGGCUGUGCUGGUGUUCAGCAUCAACAUGAUGAAACCCACGCCGAUCACACAACAUCCGAAGCUGUGACCACUCAACCAACCCCUUCCACAACAACUACUGAUGCUCCUUCAGCAACAUCCGAAGUACCUGCGAAUUGCCAUACGCACGACGGAGGCGAGCUUCACUGCACUUAA